AUGCUUCAUAGAUCUCAAAACAGCAAUAGCCCUAUUAUACAGACUGAACAAGUUUCAUCUACAAAUAAAACUUGUCCCUGGAGUACAAUGGUUCCUUCCUCUUCAACAUUUAACGUAGAUUCUUUGCAACAACAGCAACAAAAUGUAAAGAUUAGCAGCCCAGGAUCUUCUAGACGCCGAUCGACAAGUAGCCUGGAUCAAUCUUUCACUAAUACUAGCACGCCAGCAGCAGCAUCAACUGAUCAUCGUAAUAGCAAUAAAAGGUCAAAAGCUGAAACAAAUAGAAAACUAGAAAAUAACCCUGUUGGUGCGAACUUUCGUGUUGUGAUUGAUGAAUCUUUAGUGUCUGCUCUUUUGGAAUGUGCUUAUUCGGAUUAUCGUCACCAUGUUUUGGGCUAUCUGGGUGGAACGUGCACUAUGGAUACAUCAGAGAAAGAUAUUAUCACAUGUCAUGUUACCAAUUUUUAUUCAUCGCGAAGAUCUUUGCCAUCCCUUUUAACUGAUAAUAUCCGCGAAACCGAUACAGCCAGAACACAUGCGCUUGAACUAUUUGCGAGUUUGGGGUGUAACUUAAUAGGCUGGUAUCGAAGUCAUUUUUCAUCAAAUAUCAAAUACACGCCGACUGAUGCAGACAUCGCAAAACAGCAAGAACUUCAAACACAGUCACCAGCAGCGGCAGCUCAAGUGAAUACAAAGUCACAAACCAACGCAAAAACUACAAAAGGGAAAAUAAAGGAAGUUACUAAUACGAAUUACAAUAAAUUGAUGUACAAUAUUCAGAAGCGAUUAUACAUAUGUCCCAAAGUUUUACAGCAGCUUGCCAGUGCAGUGAUGGUAAUACUUCAAGAAACCAAGGAAGCCUAUGCAGAACAAGCAUUGGACUGUGAAAACAGAAAAGGGCAACGAAUAUUUGUCGAUUCGGAAUAUGAAUCAUUCCUCAUGAAAUUUUUGAAAAAAAGUAUACUUCAGUUUGACAAAUCGAUAGACCAAGACUUUAGAACCUUGGCCAUCGCAAAACAUCAUACCAAAAUAUUGAUAGCCAACAGAAUCAACGAAAUACUGGCAGCUUGGCAAAAAUAUGUUGUCACAGAUGAAAAAGGAGUAGUUGCGCGACGGAACAUAAUUGAAGAUUUGACGAAAAAAUUGCUAAUUGCACAAAAUACAGAGAUGAAUGAUUCUUCAAAUGGCAAUAAUAUUAAAAAGCCUGUAAAUAAAAAUGCAUCAUCGGAUACUCAAAGUAAUUAUAUAUUUUCAUCAAAUACUCCAAUUGAGUCAACUAUCACCACCCUCAGCACUCCUGCAACCUUUCUACCGAUGGCUGAGACAAAAAUAAGUAACACUAUAAUCACCAAUGAUGAUGAAUUACUUGCACAGAGUCCUGAAUUGGCGUCUACAAUCACUUCACAUAAUGAUAAUCAUCAUCAUGUAUGUAUACAUGGAGAAAAAUCAGCAAUGAAGGACGAGAAAAAGGUAGUUGGAACCCUCAGGAAACUUGAAAAUAUCGAAGAAGUCUCUGAAACAAAUGCCGAGGAAAUUUUGAUGAAUUCGCGGAAACGUGCUCCACAAAAAUCCUUGUUAGAAAAAAUCCCAAAGGUACAAAAAAAGAAUACACCGUCAAGCUCUGACUAUCUAAACCCAUAUGAGAUCGCAUCAAAUUUCCCAUUAUCAAAGACAUCAACAGUCUCACCAUUUCAUUCUAUCGAGGAAUCAACACUGAGUGCGGAGUUAUCGGAACGUUUAAUUCCGGCAUCCUCGUUACAAAUUUCCGUUCAUACAACAGCAGCAACAACCACCACCUCACCAUCAUCUGCAUCUCCCGAAAAUUUAUCUGUUGGAUUACCACUUCCACAACAACCAUCAAUUUCAUCAUCGAAUGAUACGCAAAAUCGAAAUUCAGAAAAGUCACAGAUUAAUUUACCAAGUAUCCAAAAUCUACUUGAACUCACCGAGAAUUCGUCAUCACCUAUUAUGGAUAGAUCUGAAAAUUCUCUCUCAAUUGGAUCCCCCUCUGUGUUACAUCGUCGUCGUCGCCAUCACUCACCGUUCCCUAACACAAAUUAUCAGCUUCCAUAUCAAACCAAUCAAUAUUAUCCUUAUGAUAAUUCUGGGAUUAUUGCACGACCCCCUACAACAAACUCCACUAACUCUAGCAUGGGAUCGCCGUCUCUACAAUCAUCAUCAUCAUUACCACAACCCAAUUCUUCGCACAUGUCACCACGACACUAUAUACCUAUUGCUCCUUCCCCUACGAAUAGGCCCACAAUCAUGGAUAUGGAUGGUGAUCCAAAUAAUGUAGAUUGUUAUUAA